CGUAACUUACUGCAGGCGAAUGCUGCUACUUUUUUCUUUUCCCAUCAAAUAAUUUUCCCAUCAACCAAACAGAAAAUUUUUCUUUUUGAACUCACGAUCUGACUCUCCCUCACAUGAUAUCAUGGAUUCUGAACGUAGUACAGAUAUUUCGGGUGAAGUACCAAAUAAUUCAGUUGAUAGCAGUUCUCGGAUCGGUAAUGAUGGUAGGGUGAAGGAAAGUAAUGCCGAAGCAGUAUCACAACCAGAAUUAGAGAACAGAAGUAAUGGUGACGAAGCAGUAUCUCAACCAGAAUUAGAGAACGGAAGUAAUGUCGAUGAAGCAGUAUCACAACCCGAGCCACCAUCAGAUGAACCAUAUGUAGGUCAGGAAUUUGACUCACAUUCAGCCGCACUUGAAUUUUACUGUAAAUAUGCCAUGCGGAUGGGUUUUAUCACCCGUAUUAACCGCACCUCCCAACUUGAUGGGGUUGUUGUUUCAAAAACGCUCGUUUGUAGCAGAGAGGGUUUUCAGAGACCCAAUAGUAGGAAUGAUACGGCAUAUGUAAGAUCACCGAAGGCUCGUGGUUCUAUUAGAGUGGGAUGCAAAGCCAGGGUUUCAUUCAAAAAGAAGCAGAGUUCUGGGAAAUGGUUUAUUAGUAACUUGAUAAAAGAUCAUACACAUCCCUUAAAUGAUAGCGUAUUUCAAAAGGGACGAAUCUCCCAAGUUCCGAGUGACGACAGGAGAAUCCGUGAACUAACUCAGGAGCUAACGACGGAGAGAAAACGAUCGGCUUCCCUUAGAGAAUUCAUAAACCUUUUAUUCAACCACAUUGAGGAGCACACACAGGGCCUAUCAGAAAAGGUACAGUACAUAGUAGAUAAAGUAAACAAGAUUGAAUCCGAAUCGAAGGAUCCUAAAAGAUUGAAUCUGAACCUGAAUUCAAGAUAGCUGUGUCAUUAUAGUGGAGAUCUAACUUCUCAACUUACUUUUUUUUUUUUUAACUUUUAAUCCCCUUUUCUUUACAGUGUAAUGUAAUUAUGCAAAUUUGAAUACUGGCAGACUGGCAGUUCUGUAUACAGUUUUCUUCAUGUUGUUGAAUGAAAUGAUCUGAAUUAUGUUUCCAUUUUAA